UCCUGGAAACUGCAAGCGAUUUGUUUGGAAAGCCGAGCAUACUGUGUAGACUCCUCCCUUGUAGUCGCUUUUGUAUAUUUAAUUUCCGUCAGACAUGGAGAAGGAAAGAAAAGCUAUUUUGAUUUUCCCUGUUAUUUGGGGAGAUGAAGUUCCGCUUAAAGAAAUUGAGUCAAAAAGAAAAAGAGAGAAAUUUCAUAGAGAACGGAGGGCGGAUGCUGGAGGAAUUCAUCUCUUCUUGUGAUGGCAGAGUGAAUCCCAUCCGGAUGUACUCAGCAGCAGAGCUAGAAAAGGCUAUUGGCAACACCAAUCCAGUUCUCCCCGACAGCGGUGGAAAUUAUUACGAGGGAACCUACCGUGGCCGUACCAUUCUCAUAGAGUUCCGUGAAUGGGGUCGUGACGAUAUUUUCAACGAAAUGGCAGUGUUGUCACAGAUGAAGCAUAGGAACGUGGUGAAGCUCUUGGGGUGUUGCCUUGAGACGAAAAUUCCCAUGCUUGUCUAUGAAUUCGCCUCCAAUGGAACACUUUCUGACCAUAUCAAAGACCUUUCGUGGGAAGACCGUCUAAGAAUUGCAGCCCAAGUAGCUGAUGCACUUACAUAUAUGCACACGGCCACUUCUACACCCAUCGUACAUAGGGACAUAAAACCAUCCACUAUUUUAUUGGAUGAUAACUAUUCCCCCAAAGUAUUUGAAUUAGGGCUCUGUGUAACAAUUCCUGUAGGAGAAACGCAUGUAGAGACACGCGUAGUGGGAACCGUGUACUAUAUGGCUCCUGACCAAGUUUCGAGAGGCCGAGUAACAGAAAAGUGCGACGUCUAUAGCUUCGGGCAGCUCCUGCUUGAUCUGCUUACCCAAACAUCUCCACAUGAGAGGUCGAAAGCCAUUAUGGAUAAGGGCGGUGAUUUGGCCAUUCCAUCCAUCGAAGGUAAAAUGGAUGCUGGCAAUAGAAGCCAGGGAAAGACGGAGCAAUUGUUGGCUUUUGCAGUGCUUGCCUCAAGGUGCCUCGAACGUGAGGGUGAAGAAAGGCCAACCAUGAAGGAUGUGGUUCAAGAGCUUAGAAGGAUAAUAAGAUCAUCUUUGGAAACAAGGAAUACAACAGAAACGGAAAACGUUUCCAUGGAGGAAGUGCAUCAGGAGCUCAGAAGGAUACUAAGGUUCUUGUACGAACCAAUGUCUAUGACAGAAAGGGAAAGAUAUUCCGAUGUUAGUGAUCUUGAAAGACAUUCCGAUGUAAGAGAUUUUUCUCCAAGAUCCGGAAUACUUAGCACAGGGAAAUUGACAGAAAAGAGCGAUGUCUAUAGCUCUGGGGAGCUCUUGCUCGAUCUUUUAACUGGAAAGAAGGCUUAUGACUGGAAGAGGACAGGUGACCGAGGUGCUGCAUUUUCAGAUCUGGUAAUUUCUUCCAUGAAAGAGGAAUGGCUUGGCCUGGAUUCGGAGGCCAGCAUUGAGAGUGACAAAAAGAUGGAGCAACUGAUAGCUUGGGUAGAGCUUGCCUUAAGCUGUGUCAAACCAAAAGGGGAGGAAAGGCCUACAAUGAAGGAAGUGGCGCAGGAGCUCAGAAGAAUAAAAGGAGCCAAGACUUACUUGUAA